UUUUAAUCUUUGCCCGCAAGCCAAGAGCUAAACCUCCUACCCUCCUCUCACUUCAAUCUAUGAUACCUUCAAAAAAAUAUAAGUAUAAUUUACCGUGAGGUUAUCCAGGAGAGAGGUCGGUAUGGAGGAUAGAAAGGCUUUCAUAGUCGGUAUCAGCGGGGCAUCGUCCAGCGGGAAGACGACGCUUGCCCGGCUGCUGCGCGAUGUGUUUCCGAAUACGUUUGUCCUGCACGAGGAUGAUUUUUAUAGACCCGAGACUGAACUCCCUUACAAAGAAGGCCUCCUGGAUUGGGACUGCGCCGAGGCUAUUAAUAUCCCGGACAUGAAGCGCGCGUUGGAGCAUAUCCGCGCUCAUGGUACUUUUCCUCCUUUCGUCGACUCCAAAGAAGACCAAAACUCCAUCGGCGCCUGCCCCGUCUCCGACGCCGCCAUAUCCGCCGCCAAAUCCAAAGUAUCCUCCUGGCUACAACCCGGCCAACCGGGCCACUCCAUCCUGCACACCACCAACCUACGCAUCUGCCUGCUAGACGGGUUCCUGCUAUACUCGCCCCAGCUAGAAUCCGGCCACAUCCCCGCCCUCCUCGACGCCAAGCUCUUCCUCCUCGUCAGUAAGGCGCAUGCGAUCCAGCGCCGCGAGCGGCGCGACGGGUACGUCACGCUCGAAGGGUUCUGGGCCGACCCCCCGGGGUACGUGGAGAAGGUCGUGUGGCCGAACUAUGCGGCGGCGCAUGGGGGGUUGUUUGUGGACGGGGAUGUGGAGGGGAGGUUGGAUGUCGGGGUGUUGGGGGAGAAGGGGAUUUUGGCGCAGGUUGGUGCUGGGUUGGAUGUUGAUAUGGAGGUUACGUUUAAUUGGGCGGUGGAUACUUUGAUGAGGGAGUUGGAGGGGGUGUUGGGGAAGGGGGAGGGAGGAGGAAAGGAAGAGGAGGGAAGGUGAUGGAUGGGUAGAUGGGGAGAAGGUCUAUGAUGAUAUCUACCUAAAGUUGGCUUCAGAAGCAAAGAACACUUACUAUUAAAUCAAGACGUAUCACUUGAUGGUAUAUUAAGAUACGAUAAAA